AUUCAAGUAAUACCUCGCAAAUUGACCACAUUCAAAAAACAAUGAAAGAACAGUAUGUGAACUUAGAAAUUGUGACUGAUGGCAUGUUCCCUAUACACCAAGCAGUUUGCAAUAACGACGAAUUUUUACUAAAGCAGCACAUUUUCCUUUGGACUAAGUUCAAGCAAGUCGAUUUGAAUUCGUUGUACACAGAUGAAGACGAGGAUUUACUGCAGUUGGCGAUAAUCCAUAAUAGCUUUCCUGAAAUUGUGCAAAUCCUUUUAGACAAUAACUUGGAUGUGCAAGAUUUGAGGGAUAAUUCUAAUACAGUUAUACAUUUAGCAAUUAUAAACCAAAUAAACAUACAAUCUUUUAUAUUACUUAUGGAAAAGAUUGAUUUGCAGCUUUUAAGUAAAUUAAACGACGACGGUCUCUCACCGUUGCAUCUUUCACUUAGGUCAAACCAAUUUUCAUAUGCUGAAGUAAUGCUUAACACAGUCGAUAAACGUCUUAUGGGUUGCGUUAAGUACUGUAGAAUUAGCGAUUCUAAAGAAGUGGAUCCGAUUGAUUACUAUAUCAGUAUGUGUGAGCAAAUUGAUGAAAAAUACAUUCAAGAAAGCUUGAAACAUUCAGCAAAAACUAAAUUGCUAAAUGUUAGAGAAAUGAUGACUGGUAAUACUGCAUUAUUUCAUGCUGUCGGAAAAAAUACAGAGAAUUUCAUAUAUUUUCUGUUAGCUCAUGGUUCUAACCCUAGCGUGCAAAAUUACAGUGGACAAGAUCCCAGAUCAUUUUUGGGAGAUCACGGAAAACUUUUAAGUAUAAGUUUAAAGGUGGACCGUACAAUGGAGAAAUUAUCAAAAGUAAUAAGAAAAUACGACAAAUAAAACUAUUCCUUCAAAUAUGCUAUUAAAUGUAAACAAAAUAGUUCAAUAUGGCUUGACAAUUUUGAGAUAUUAGUUUGCGGAGCAACCUUUUAGUACCUGUUUUUAUAACAAACAAAAUCUGUUAUUAAAUCUCCAUUAAUUCCGAUGACAUAAUUUAACGCCGAA